UCCAGGACAGGCUCCAAAGCUACACAGAGAAACCCUGUCUUGAAAAUACAAAAAACAAAACAAAACAAAAAUAUUCAAAUAGGUAGUCUUAUACAGUGUUGUUUCCUGGGCCACUCAUCCUUACAGACUUGUCAGUUCCCUUUCCCACCCCUCUUUGUGGUUGUCCUCCAGACCCCUGUGUAGGAGCACUCCAUAGUGGACAGCCAGAGUGAGGAAGUGGUUGGGACCGCUCUGGAGAGGGGGAAUCUUUGGAGUUUUCAAGGUUUAAUGGGAGGAGGGGCAGGCAGGAAGACUGGAACAGUCACAAGCUGCAAGGAAUUGGGGUAGCAUGGGAGGUGAGUUGAAAGAGGCCCCGGGGUGGGGGGGCCACAGAGCAGAAGGGAAGCCUGGGAAGGAGGGCGGUGAGGCUGCAGAGGCCCUGGUGGUGUGGACACUUCCUAGUUAUUACCUUUUGUGGCUGCCCUCUUGUGUCCUUAUCUGGGAAGACAGGGCAGUGCCUGCUUCUUGGGCUGAGGUCUAUGGACUACAGGCAUGUCAGAAGAUACCAGGAAGCUCUCUAAACCAGCCCAUAACCCACAUGGAUGUUUAUGCUUUCAUAUCCUGUGGCUCUGUCUCCUCAGCUGCCAGGUUGUGGUCUAGCAUGCUGUCCUGGGUGGUUUCUUCAGGAUAGAUGGGCAUCUGAGUGUCCUCACGUCAAGGAACCGGAGUUUUGUAGCAGAAGCUCAGGCUGGGGAAUGUCCUCUCAGUUCACAGGUCUCACCCAGGCCCCUCCUACUCUUGUCCCCAAUGCAGGUCCUGCCUGAUUCUCAUGAUGCCAUGCCUAGAUCUAGUUCUGUCAGUGUCUGGGGGGUGGACACCUGCCCAGACGGCUGUCAGGACUGUCAGGUCCUGCGUAACUCUCAGUAUUUGUUAGUGUGUGCAGGAGGGAAGCCUCCAUUGGCAGAAGGCACUGGCCAGUCCAGGAGAGUUUUUUAUGUAGAAAAAGCAGCAUCUGGCUCUCUACUCUGUUCCUUGUGUGUUCCAGCAACCUGCCCACCAUCCUUGAAACUUCCCUCCACUGUCCCCUCUCCAUCCUUGGGCUCCAAGACUCACACCGCAGGGGCUAAGGGUCCAGUUGAUACCUGUAUGCUCGCCGUCUAGUGGGAUAUUCCGUGUAACUGUGAUUGGGGCUUGUCAAGGGGUGAUUUAGAUGGCAGACUUCCGCUAAAGAUGAGUGUGAGCAUUCACAUGAUUUGAUUCUGAGGACAAAGAACGUAAAGGGCCAGAAGGGCCUUUGGGGUGGAAACAGGAUAGUCCAAUGGGUGCUGGGUGUGGCUGCUCUCCUUUCAGGAGGAAGUAGGUGUGACUGGCUUACCGGGGAAAAGCCCUGCCUACCCCUCCCAGCAGCAAGUGUUCAUACACAGCUCACAGCUGGCUCUGCCACUGAGCCUGCCAUGUCGUCGUGGGACAAGGACCACCUGGGCUCUAAGUACAUGGGCCUCUGGGACUUCAAGGCACGAACAGAUGAGGAGCUGAGCUUUCAGGCAGGAGACCUCCUGCAUGUUACCAGGAAGGAGGAACAAUGGUGGUGGGCCACCUUGCUGGAUGCGGCAGGCAAGGCCUUGGCUGAGGGCUAUGUGCCCCACAAUUACCUGGCUAAGAAGGAAACUGUGGAGUCUGAGCCGUGGUUCUUUGGUGAUAUCUCCCGCCUAGAGGCCACGCACAGGCUGCAGGCUGAGGACAACUCAAAGGGUGCCUUCCUGGUCAGAGUCAGCCACAAGGCAGGAGCAGACUAUGUUCUCUCUGUGCGGGACACUCAGGCCGUGCGACAUUACAGGAUCUGGGCAGACGAUGUGGGCCGGCUGCAUCUGAAUGAGGCGGUGUCCUUCCCCAGCCUGACUGAGCUUGUGGACUACCACAAGAUCCAGAGCCUGUCCCAUGGCCUGCAACUGACUAUGCCCUGCUGGAAGCACAAAACUGAGCCCUUGCCCCACUGGGAUGACUGGGAGAGGCCAAGGGAGGAGUUCACACUCUGUAAGAAGCUGGGGGCCGGCUACUUUGGGGAGGUCUUCGAAGGGCUCUGGAAAGGCCAGGUCCGUGUGGCUGUGAAGGUGAUCUCUAGAGAUAACCUCCUGCACCAGCACACCUUCCAGUCUGAGAUCCAGGCCAUGAAGAGGCUGCGGCACAAGCGCAUCCUGGCACUGUAUGCUGUGGCAUCUGCAGGGGACCCCGUCUACAUCAUCACGGAGCUCAUGCCCAAGGGGAGCCUGCUGCAGCUAUUAAGGGACUCUGAUGAGAAAGUCCUGCCUAUUUCGGAGCUGGUGGACUUUGCAUCACAGGUUGCUGAGGGCAUGUGCUACCUGGAAUCUCAGAAUUACAUCCACCGUGACCUGGCUGCUAGAAAUGUUCUCGUUGCAGAGAACAAUCUCUGCAAAGUGGGGGACUUUGGGCUGGCCAGGCUUGUCAAGGAGGACAUCUACCUUUCCCACGACCACAACAUCCCCUACAAAUGGACAGCACCUGAGGCACUCUCCCGAGGGCAUUACUCCAUCAAAUCUGACGUCUGGUCUUUUGGGGUUCUCCUCCAUGAAAUUUUCAGCAGGGGGCAGAUGCCCUACCCAGGCAUGUCCAAUCAUGAGGCCUUCCUGAGGGUGGAUGCCGGCUACCGCAUGCCAUGCCCCCUGGAAUGCCCACCCAACAUAUACAAGCUGAUGCUCAGCUGUUGGAGCCAGGAUCCCAAGCAGAGACCUUGCUUCAAAGAACUGUGUGAGAAACUCUCAGGCAUCACCAGGUAUGAGAACCUGGUCUAAGCUCCUUGGACGUGGCCAGGACCCACAGAAGAGAGGCUUCAUGAUUAUUCUGGACCUCCAUUGAAGGUGUGCACCAUACUUCAGCCUACUGAGAUGAGGGGAUAGGAAACAUGCCAAACAUACCUCAGCUACUGCAUGCUGUCAAGAAAAGAGUGAAGAGGGUGCUAGACUACCUUCCCAUCUAUCCUCUUUCAGGAGGCAGUCCACAAAAUCCAGGCAGCCAUCCUGUCUUCUUCCUCCCUUCUCCUGUGGAGACUUCAUGUGACAGAGAAGCCAAGAGUCUAAGCAACAGGCCUGUAGAAUUCUUAACAGCAUAUCGCUUUCAGAGCAUACCUGUCCUUGGUCACUCCUCUGCUCAACUGCACACACACACACACACACACACACACACACACACACACACACCUUGGCACCUUAAUUCUACAGGCUCUUAUGCUACAGAACAAGUUUUGGAGCUUCAGGUCCUUUCCCUUAAGAGACAGCUGUUUCUGUCCUGAGCUCCCGAAACAGAACACUCUAGAAAACUACUGACCUCAUGCUCUGCCUCAUCCUCCAAUACAGUUCUCAGAGAUAUAACUGUCACUAGAUAGGGAGAACACAGAAAAACAUUUGGAAACAGGGCAAAUUAAAACUCUUAGAACUAAGUCUUUUGCAUAGACAUUAGUCAAAAAUUUUCUAAGUAACUGAACCUUUCAUUUUUGCCAAGAACAGGAUUUGGGCCAGGCUUGGUGGCACAUACCUUUAAUCCUAGCACUUCAAAGACAGAGGCAGGCAGAUCUCUGAGUUAGAGGCCAGCCUGGUCUACAUAAUGAGUUCCAGGACAGCCAGAGCUACAUAGAGGCCCUGUCUCAAAUAAAACAAAAUAAAAUCCCAUAAAAACAAAACAAACAACAACAACAAAAAAACCUUCACAAUUCUGUUUAGACUGGUCUGGAGAUGAGUGCUCAUUAAAUAUCCCUAAAACCUCUCAGAAAUACCAGAACAAGGUCAAACGUUCUUAAAGAUCAUGAUUUAGAAUAAUCUUUAAGAGUGUUGGUAAGAUAAAAAACAGGUAUGUUUUCAGCUAUGUCAACACUGAAUACAAUACAGCUAGACCAGUGGUUCUCAACCUUCCUAACGCUGCAACCCUUUAAUACAGUUACUCACGUUGUGGUGAGCCCAACCAUAAAAUUAUUUUUGUUGCUACUUUAUAACUUUGUUUGUUAUGAACCAUAAUGUAAAUAUUUUUGGAGAUAGAGUUUUGACAAAGGGGUCAUGACCCACAGGUUCAGAAACACUGAACUAGGCCUCCCCCCCGCCCCACCGCCCCCAGGGUUUAAACAAAUUUGUUAAUUCUACUGAGUAUUUAAAAUGCUGAGACUAGGAAUGGAAAUCAACAGUAGCAUACAAAGGAAAGACAUGAGGGGUAGAUGGUCUUUGCUUCGGUGGUGUUGGUGACAUUUGCUUGAUUUGUAAACAAUAGCAAUUUUGUUGACACCUUGUGAAAAACCUUCAUGACCAUAACUGUUGAAUGAACAGGAAUGUAAGUUGAGUGAAAGUUUAAAUAAACUUUUCAAUAAUAAAAGUCAUCUUAAAACCUUAAGUUUGUUAAGGCUUGGGAAAUUUUAGUUACUAAUUCAACUUUGGGUUAAUUCCUAAGGAAACAU